AUGAUUGUCAGUUACCCGCUGUGGGGCUUGGUGUCCGACCGGUGGGGGAGGAAGAAGUCGACUCUCUUGGCCUCCCUUUGGAUCAGCACCUGGAGUCUGCUAUGCUGUGUGGCCCCUUCAGUCACGUGGCUCAUUGCAUUUAGACUGUUCUAUUCCUUAGCCGGAGGAGCAGUCAACCUGCUGAUGCCUUAUAGCUACGAAGUCCUGAGCACGAAGCACCAGUGGCUCGGAUUCACUGUCAUCUACAAUGUCUCCUCCGCCAUCGGAAAUGCCACCCCGAUUAUCGCAGCCUUGGUCUUCCUGACAGGCGAAACCUCUUCUUACAGUUGGAAACUUUACUUUUUAUCAAUGACUGUCCCCGUUCUUAUAUUCAUGCUCAUAGCUCUUUUAUUCUUGCAUGAGUCACCUCGCUUUUUAAUCUCCAAAGGAAAGACGGAAGCUUCGGCCAAAGUUCUCAGAAAAAUUGCUGGUACAAAAAAUAAUCGCCUGCCGGAAAGCUUUACUUUAGUUCCAGAAAUCGAAAUGGCUUCAAGAAAAGAUCAAGACAAUGGUUUGACGCUGAUGCAAAAAUACAAACUAGUUUUCAGAAACCGGCAAAUUUUACUUUCGUUGAUAUGUAUAGUUGCAAUGGGAAUAGCGGCGAGAUUCAUUUUCUACGGAAUGAAUUUUGUCAAAACUGAGCUCGUGUUCAUGCAAGGUCAAUCGGGGUCAAAUUAUUGCGCCAGCAGUUUAAAGAAUACUUACAACCUCGAAAUUGAAAACUACCUUCAGCUCUUGUAUUACCAAAUCGUUUCAGACGCUGUCGGAAUUGUGGGCUCAAUUUUUGUGCUCAAAUUGAAUUUCAGCUUGAAAAAAGUAACCAUGACUUGUUUCACUUUCUGUAUCAUAUUAACCGCUGUUCUUUAUUUUUGUCCUCCAUCGUGGAUGGCCUUGGGUAUUUUCUCUCUCAUUCAAAUUUUGGGUAUCAGUAUCAACAUCAAAAUGUGGCUCAGUUUGUCGGGGUUACUGCCAACUAAUAUCAGAAGCAGUCUUUUUGGACUAUGUUCGUUCCUAAUGUGCUUGCCCCUUCCGAUCGGUCCAUACUUUAUUCAAGUGCUGUCUAAGGUGUCACAGCAUUUAGUUACUUCAGUGUGUAUGGCUUUCAUGGCCUGUGGGUUUAUGGGAUCUGUACUUGUUCCGAAGAAGAUCUAUGCCAACUGAUUUUGGUUUUAUAGCAAAGUUUUUUCUGUAUACUUGUUCAUUUUUUGUGCUUACCU